GGCUCAGACGACGCGCGCCGAGCGCUACGUUCGGAAGGGCUUGUCAACGUUGACUCCGUUCAUUAUUUUUUAUUUAACGCUCAAGUCCGUUUCGCGCUAAAAUUUUUAUCAACAUCUCUGACAUUCAUUCGCAGUGCGAAGUGCUCUUUUGAAUUAAUGAAUAGUUCAGUGUUUAUGAACAGUGACCGGUCGCACGGUUUUAGUGUUUGUUGUAAAGUGAGCCGGUGUUUUUUGCGCGGAGAAUAAUUUACAUGGUAAUUAGGCUGUAGGCAUACCUUGUGAUUACCGUAGCGGUGAUUUUCUUAGAAGUGGCGUCAACUGACAAUAUUAUAAGCAAAUUUGCAAACGGUCGUGUUGAGUUAUCAGCAAUGAGUGGCAUGGUCGACGAGGAGGACAUUGAAGUGAAAGAAGCCGGUGGUUGAGAGAUGCUGGUGCGGGGUUGCGGCGGCGGCGAGCUGCGGCACUCGCUGGCGGAGCGCACGAAGGCGCUGGCGGCGCGCUGCCAUGCGCUGCGCGCGCCCGCCGCCCAGCGCGCCGACUCGCGCAGCCCCGAUCGCCGCCGGCCCAGGCACAGAAAGUCGCAGACGAGGUGGUACGUCAAGCAGCCGACAUGGCGGCUGUGGGGCGAGGAGCGCGUCGACGGCGCCAUCUACACCGUCUACCUCAAGAAGGUGCGCUACCACCGGCCCACGCGCAGCGCAUCCAGUGAGUCGGACGACGAGAUCUCUCACCUGGAAUGGGAGACGGUCCGGGUGCGCUUCGUGAAGGCUGGCACGGUCGAGCGCCUGGUCGAGGCGCUGGCCACGGACGAUGGCGAACUCGAGUCUACAUACGUCAACGUGUUCCUCGCUACGUACCGUUCAUUUGCGGAGUGCAAUCGAGUAUUGGACCUGCUGCUGCGACGGUAUGAAGCUCUGGCGGCGGAGGACGUGCUACCCUCGGCGGUAGAUACCUCUCAGCAACACAGAAAAACUCUGGUGGCGUGUCUGCACGUGUGGUUGGACACGUACCCGGAGGAUUUUCGGCAGCCCCCCCACCACCCCGCUCUGCAACAGCUGCUCGCCUUCACACAGCUCCAUCUGCCGGGAUCAGAGCUACAUUCGAAGGUAUUACAGAAGCUAGCUAUAUUCAAAGCGGAGCGGAAUGGCAUUUCAGGCGCAGCAGGCGCGGGCGGCGGCGUGUGCGUGGCGGCGGGCAUGCGGCUCGCGGCGCACCACACGGCCGCCUACCGCCUGCCGCACGUGCCGCACCGCCACUUCGCCGAGCAGCUCACGCGCAUGGACAUGCAGCUGUUCAAGAAGCUCGUGCCGCACCAGUGCCUCGGCGCCGUGUGGUCGCGCCGCGACAAGGACCGCGGCCACGACGCCGUCACCGUGCUCGCCACCGUCAACCAGUUCAACGCCGUCUCCUUCCGCGUCAUCUCCACCGUGCUCGUCGAGCCCGACCUGCGGCCGGCCGACCGCGCCGACAUCCUCGCCGCCUGGCUCGACAUCGCCCGCGAGCUGAGGGUCCUCAAAAACUUCUCGUCGCUGAAAGCUAUCAUAUCCGGCCUGCAGAGCAACUCCGUGUAUAGACUGAGAAAGACGUGGGCGCUCCUCCCGAAGGAGAAGUCGGAGCUGUUCGACGAGUUGGCGCGUAUAUUUAGCGAGGACAACAAUCGAUGGGCGCAGCGGGAGCUUUUGAUGCGGGAGGGCACCGCGAAGUUUGCCGACACGGUCGGAGAAAACGAUCGACAGCUACAGAAGUUGCUGCACGAGCGAGGCUCGCCCGGCGUGAGCCACGGCACCAUACCCUACCUCGGCACGUUCCUGACCGAUCUAACCAUGAUAGACACCGCCAUUCCGGACACGGUCGCGGACGGUUUGAUAAACUUCGACAAACGACGAAAAGAGUUCGAGGUGCUCGCUCAAAUAAAGUUGCUGCAGGGCGCCGCGAACGCGUACCACUUGGCCACUGACCCGAUGUUCGAUCGAUGGUUCGACUCCGUGAUCGUUCUAGACGACCGGGAGGCGCACCAGCUGUCCUGUCAAAUAGAACCCCAAACGAAUCCACCGAAAGAGAGGCGGCCGAAGAAACUAAACGAUAACAACGGCCACGGCCACAGAAAGAACGACUCGAUAGCGAGCACCAGCUCGAGCAACAGUUCGCAGUUCUACUGCGAGACGGACGGCGCGGCGAGCGCGUGGAAGCGGGACAGCCUGGAGCGGCGCGCGUCGCCGACGCGGCUGUCGCACGGCUCGUCGUCGUCGUCGCUGCCGUCGCUGGACGCGUCGCUGUCCAGCGCGGCCAGCGGCGCCAAGCCCAACGGCAAGCCCGCCGCCAGCCCCGCGCACCGCGCCGGCCCCGACUUCUAUAUCAUCCGCGUCACCUACGAGUCCGACUGCGCCGACACGGACGGCGUGGUGCUCUACAAGUCCAUCAUGCUGUCCAACAACGAGCGCACGCCGCAGGUCGUCCGCAACGCCAUGCUCAAGCUCAACCUCGACGGCGACCCCGACCAGUAUACGCUCGCUCAAGUUUUACCUGAUAGAGAAAUGUUGCUGCCGGCGAACGCCAAUGUUUACUACGCAGUAAACACGGCGUACAACUUGAACUUCAUCCUGCGGCCGCGCAAGCCGGCGCCGGCGCCCGAGCCGCUCGCCAACGGCAAGGCGCGCCGGCGCACCUGACUGCUCUCCUGCUAACGCGGAACUGCAUCCGAGGUGCCGCGCGGUUAAUAGCCGUGAGUUAGAGAGUGACAACGCUAUCUAAAGUUAAAGCUGCCCGUCUCGAAACCGGGCAGUGGACCGCUCUAGUACUUAUGGACUCUAAAUCCGGCGGAUCUGUGACUCGUAAUGCGACCCCGGCGGUUUCGAGAACCAAGGUCUAUAGGUGCCCUGGCGGUAUAAAACAAAACUCAGUAUUCUUAUCGAGCUGGAGUGCGAGAACUCGACGUAUUUGUGUUCAUAGUGUAUUCUAUUUAUGCAUUUCUCGGUGUCUAUAAGUGUAGUUGUACAUAAAAACCCUAUGCCACCUCUAGUUUUAAUUCGUUGUGAAUAACAUAUGUAUGUAAAUUUGUAUCGUUAUUUGUAUAUAGUGGAAUAAUGUGUAAAUAAGAAUCUCAAGUAGGAUGUUAGUGUCGUAAUACUAAGCCAAAGGCGAUCUAUUAUGUCUAAUACAAGGUGCUGUACCCUUAUAGAGCAUUUCUAAAGCUUUAACAUUUGAAAACGUUCGUAAACCGAAUUUUCCAAAAAUAAACAUUAUAAUGUAUUUAUAUAGUGGUAUGGGUAAAGUAGACAAAUAACUGAAUGUAUAUUAUGUAAUAGAAUAUAACCACUAGUGUUUUAUAGUAUCUUCGUGGCAGUAAUCAGUUAUUACAUGUAAUAUAUGUUUAAUUAUUUGUACGCAUAUAUGUAACAAUAAUGUGGUUGACACGCGUUAGAACCAAAUUAUAUAUAGUCCUCCACAUCGAUUUCGAUGACGGCGACCUCAGCAAUCAAGGGUUUUUCCUCUCAUGAGCUCUUAUGUGGCUGGCCAGGCCAAACUUGCUCUUAAACACCCUUUCACAUUCACAACAGUAUAGUUGACCGGCCGCGUUGUAUGUAUACACAUAGGAGGGCUUAGGUCUAUCCUUGCGUAGUUGGCGUUUUACGUCUAAUGUAGCGAGGCGGUUUUCCUCAAACGACUUGGUAGAUUCGAAGAUGGUAGAUCGCCAAGAUGACCGUUUCGCAGCGAGCUCCUCCCAACGUGCAUUAUCGAUCGCACACGCCUUUAGGUGGCGCUUUAGCACGUCCUUAUAUCGAAGGUGUUGACCGCCGUGCUUCCGCUUUCCCUCUGCUAAUUCUGAGUAGAAUAUAGCUUUAGGCAAGCGGCGAUCGUCCAUUCGGAAAACAUGCCCACACCAUCCGAGCUGACGCUGCAUCAAUAGCGCCUCCAUGCCGUACAUCCCGGAGCGACGCAGAACCUCAGAGUUUGGUAUACGGUCCUGCCACUUAAUCCUAAGUAUAGAUCUUAGACAUUUUAGAUGGUACGUGUCUAGUCUUUUGAUAUCUAGCUUGUACAGACACCAUGUCUCUGCGCCAUAUAGAAGGACUGGGAUUAUUAGGGCCUUAUAGACGCUUAUCUUUGUCUCAAGCUUGAUAUCAUGGGACCUCCAGACACGAUCAGUAAGUCGCCCGAAAUUGGCAGCGGCACUAGCAAUGCGAGAUGGUAUUUCUGAAGCCAGGGUGUUGUCAUGUCGUAUAGUGCUCCCAAGAUAUUUAAAAUGAUAGACUUCAUCUAGUGGUUUCCCAUCUAGAUACAGCGGUGUUGAAUCAGACUCAGCUCCCCGGGGUGGUUGUUUGAGGAUUUGCGUCUUGGAAGCACUUAUUACCAGGCCGAAUUGUUGACAAGAGCGGUUCAAUGCGUCUACGUAGCUUUGGAGAUGUGCCAUACUGUCAGACAUAAAGCACACGUCGUCAGCGUAGAGUAUCUCUAAUAUGGAGACUUUUCGCACUUUAGAUUUCGCCCUGAAUCUUGAUAUGUCAAAGACACCCCUCUCAGUCCUCACAUUUAGUUGUAUUGUGUUGCCACAAUAAUUUAAAGCGUCUCUCAUUACCACUGAGAAGUAUAUGGCAAAGAGUGUGGGUGCCAUGACACAUCCCUGCUUCACGCCACUUGUAAUCGGGAUCUCCUCAGAGAGUUCGUUUUCAUGUUGAACCUGCGCUUUCAUGCCAACGUGGAAUUGGCAAAUGAGGUUUACAAACUUCUUUGGGUAUCCAGAUUUUCGAAGGACAAGCCACAGGGCUUCGCGUGGAACUCUGUCAAAAGCCUUUUCUAGGUCCACAAAGCACAUGUAGAGAGGCCGUUGGUGCUCGAGGCUUUUCUCUUGGAGUUGCCGUACAACAGCGAUAGCGUCGAUGGUACCCCGGCCAGGACGGAAGCCACAUUGACUUUCUGGGAGGUGUUGUUCAGCAAACGCACUCAAGCGGGUGUUUAUAAUGUGGGCAAGGAUUUUACCAGCACAAGAGAGAAGCGAUAUUCCACGGUAAGAGCUGCAAUCGGAGACAUCUCCUUUCCCUUUAUACAACUUACAAAUUACCGCAUCCCUCCAGUCCUGAGGCACCUGUUCAGCAUGCCACACUCAGGAUCAGUUGGUACAACUUCUCAUUAAUACUAUGCCCACUAUAUUUAUAAAUUUCUGCAGGAAGUUGGUCCAACCCGGGUGUUUUUGAGUUUUUAAGACGCUUCACGGCUCUUACGAACUCUUCAAAAGUUGGUGGCUCAUCUAGCUCUGGCCAGACUGGUAACUCUUCAAGGGUGUCGAUAUAAGACAGGUUUGCACUGAGCGCGUCAGGGUUCAAAACACUCUUGAGCACUUUUGAGAACAUUUUUAAAGAUUUUUUUCCGUUUUAUUUUUUAACGCAACCUUUAUGAUAUUAAAUUAAAACGACUGACAAUUUGAAAUGUCCUCUACUCACUCGUGAAACAGUUUGUACAUGACAAUUUUACUCAUUUGUUGAUAAGUAGGAAUCUAUGUAUUAAGAAACACAAUGUGCCUAAAUUAAACUUUUAUUUAUAUUUCGAUUAGAAGUUUGGAGAAAUAUGAUUGUUUUUUAAUUGUUUUAAAAUACGAGAAAACAGGUAGAUAUUAUAGUGAAACUUAAUGUCCAAAAUAGGGAAGCGUUUUUAUCCGAAACAUUGCACAAUAAUAAGUGCAUAGUCCACUUUUAUAAUAUUCUUAUAUUACUACUUAUUUGUCUCUCAAUUUAUAUUCUAAUCUAAUAUCUCAUCUUUUACAAUAGUCGUCGCUAUUAAUUACGAAGCCAGCGAUUUCGGCAGCAUAAUUAUCGGUCAAUACAAGUUGCUUGAACAUCAAAUCUUAGUUAAAUAUAGAAUAUAUUUUAAAAUAAUGAAUUGCAUGUUACCUGAACCAUAAUAAUUAGUACCUACUCGUUUUUGAAAUAUUAAGCUGCCCGUUGGAUGUGUCUAUAGUAAGCAUAUAAUUUGGACACUCGGUUUCGAUGUUUGUGCAUUGAGUUAACAACACCUCUAAUGGACUUUCCAUUUGUCCCAUACAACAGUUACGUCAUGGAGUUGGGAUAGUAAAAAAAAUGUGAGUAACGUUUGAGGAAAGGUCUCAAAACCGGAAAUUUAACUCGAUCACCUACCCAUAAUCCAGUCUCCACCAUAGAAAGACAAUAGUAUAAGAUGGGUGUAUAAUAGCUAUUUAUAAACAUUUUUUUUGUAAAUAUUGUAACCUGUCUAUGUAUAAUUUUGUAGUUUUCCACCAGUGUCUGCAAUUGUUUACGUUUGUGUAAUAAAAAUGAAAUAAUAUCCA